AUGAGCAUCAAGCAGCGAGAGGAUGAGGCGCUGAGAUCCUACAUAUCCCGCUUCAAUAAGGAAGCACUCUCGAUCGACGAAGCCGACGACAAGAUAUUUAUGGUGGCCUUCACGAAUGGGUUACGGAAGGGAAAGUUUUUGUUCUCCCUAUACAAGAACAACCCCAAGACCAUGUCAAAAGUACUUUACAGGGCCACCAAGUACAUGACUGCUGAGGACACGCUGCUAGCUCGAGAGGAAAAGCCCAAGAAAAGGGAGAGACAAGAAGACACAUGGCAUGACCAAGGGCGAAAGAAUGCAAGAACAGGAGACCGAAGGGAUGAAAGGCACUCUAGGCCCCCGAGAGGAAGGUUCACCACCUUCACCCCGUUAACUACCCUAAUAGACCAAGUCCUAAUGCAAAUAAAGGACGAGGAGGCCCUGACCUACCCCAGAAAGCUGAAAGGAGAUCCUAACAAACGAUCAAGGGACAAAUAUUGCCGCUUCCACCGUGACCACGGUCAUGACACGGUCGAUUGUUACGACCUAAAGCAGCAUAUUGAGGCCUUUAUCAAGCAAGGGAAAUUGUAG